GUAUUGAUUUAGAUUGGCUCGAAUGAUCGUUGGCCUUGUAGUGUUGAACAUCCGGAGAGCCUCAAGCCGAAUUGGAAUCCUGGAUUCCCCGAAGAUAUAAAGCAAACUGUUUGCCACUUCCCCAGUAGCACCUCCCCCAUCCAACCGAAAUCUCGAAAAGUCGCAUCUAAGAUAGAAAAAAACAAAGCUUUAUUCGUCGAUUUCAUCCAGUCAAGACAAGAUGGCAAACCCAGGCAACGUUGCAGGUGGUCUCAAGGCGACCAUCAACAACCCUAACGUCUCAGAACAAGCAAAAGCCCACGCUGAGGACCGAUUAGAAAAAGAAUUCUCACUGGUGGCCGACGAAGGAAACGAAUCCAAGAACCCAAAGAACGUCAUUGGCGGGAUCAAAGCUGCCAUCAAUAACCCUAACGUUUCGGAAGAAAAAAAAUCCGAGCUUCGCUCUAAACUCGAUGACACCUAAGCCCUUGACAAGCGUUCAGUUGUGUUCAUAAAAGCUCGUUUUUGAAGUCAUUUCUUAUCCCGUUGUACCACGAGCGUGCAACCUCGUGCAUGAGGCACUUUGCCUCUGAGUAAAACUGUAUCAAUCAAGUUACGACACUGUUGCUUUAUCCAUGACCCUCACCCAUGAUGACGUCAUCACCUGACUGAACAGUUUUCAAAGAUUGUCUCUAUCAAAGUGAUUGUAAGUGAUUCAUGUCGACUUGUGAAAGCCGGUCAACACCGAAUUUGUGAG